AUGGCCUCUCCGAUAGCCUCCCACCCUCCCGCUCGUCCGGCCCUCGUCACGCCGUCCACAUUCACUCAGGACAUCUCCCGUGCCAUCAUGGCCUCAACGGAAACUCCCAAGUCCGUCGAACCCGAGCCUCAUCCUCAUGCGGGCCUGAGUUAUCCUCCGCCACCCCCUCCAUCACCCGUGGAAUCGAGGAGUUCACAUACUUUCUGGGGGGCCGUCGAAGGGAGUCGAACUUGA